UUUCCUCUUAAUCUAAUCAAAUUGUUACUCCCCGACAGCUCUGUGAUGUCCUAUCCCAGAAAAUGAAAUGAUCUUCAUUUCAGUCAUUAGUUGUUUUCACACCAAAUUCAGUCUGAAACCUUAAUCCGUCAUUUUCUCCGGAAUCCUUUGCCCCCCCCCGCCUCUCCCAAUCGGGAAUUUUAUAAUCUCUUUAAGUUCAAAUGUUCUUUGAUUUCUCAUUUCUCCAUUCGCUCAUUCCCUCAUGGCAAACUAAAGCAGGGAAUGAGCGUUGACCUCGUCUCUGCAUUUGGGAAAAAGCUGUGAUUUAUAGCCAGACCCACCUCCAAAUUUUGAAUUUUCUGGGGCUAGGGUCUGUGAAUUCUUGUUUUUCAGGCAAUUGGGUGGAUUGGAUUUCUUAUGAAUUGUUGAAGUUCUGUGAAUUUCCAAUCAGAGAUUCAACCUUUGUUUUUCUGUUUUCAUCGGAGCUGAUUGGCGAAGAAUUUGGGUUCUCAUUGUUGAGGAUUGUUUGAUUGAUGGAUACGGAUGCCAAGGAUGUUAAUGGCUGCAAAACUAAGGCUGUGGGUGGUAUGGACUCUGCAAAGGUUCAGGAUCACCUCGUUAACGGAGAGGAAGAUAGUGAGUCUAAUUCGUUGUUGCCACCUCGUCGAGGUGGGAUGUCGAGGAAGUCUGAGAAGACGCAGCGGAAAGUGCAGUGGAACGAUAGGAACGGGAAUAAUCUCACUGAGGUGAUGGUAUUCGAUCCGAGUGAUGUAAGUGACUCUGACGAUGAGGAUUCAGAAUCUUGCAUCUGUACCAUAAUGUAGAUAGCAUACAGUACACCUAGUAUCAGAAAAUUGCUGCUGGAUAAGUUAACGGGGCAUUCACUCCAACUUUUGAUGACUAUAGUAGAAAUUAGCCUCUCAUUUUGCUGUUUUAAGGAUGGAUUGAAGGUCCAGAACUGCAGGGUCUCAUGGCAUGAUUUGUAUGCUAACUCAUUGAAGUGAAGUCUAAAAGCGUUUCUUAGGUGAGAGCUUGGUAUGUUUCUUGUAAACCAUAUACAAACUGCAUAGAGCUCCUUCCCAUGACGAAACCAGAUGAGGAUGAUGGCAAUAUUGCUUCCAUAAUUGUAAUCUAUUCCAUAGAAUCAAGCUUUUCGAUGCUUUGCCACGUACACUGAUAUGUAUUGUAGAACAUAUGUGCAAAAGAAUACUUCAGAUAAUCAUCAUGUUUAA